CUUGAAGGGUCCGACAUCUUGCAGUAUGUUGAUGCUUCCCCCUCUUUGCAUUUCCGGGGAGUGUCAAGUCGCGUUGAUCGCGUCGGUCGCGUUUUACAGUGUUAUUGCAAAUUCACGAUAGCUUCUUAUUUGCUAAUCAUCAAUUUAGAGGAAGGAAACUGAACGAGUUAAACAUUCCUGCACGUCCACGAACUCGGUCUGAAUACAUCCAACCCCCUAGACCAGGAGGAAGCUUUGGUCCAAACGAGAACUCUCAUCCACCUUCACCUAUCGUCAAUAAGAAAAAGGAUGCCAGUUCUAUCUCACGAUCCCCCGUACCCUUGCCAUCCUCCUCUGCACCACCGCGACAAGGGAUUGACGAUGGCAAGACCGAUACUGUUUCUACGGUCUCGCCCACUACUUACCCAGGUCCUGAGCAUAGCUUGAAGUCACCCCAAGCAUCAUGGCCUUCUACUCAACCUGCAAAUCAAUCUAUUCGUCCAGAUACUCCUGCCGUUCCUGCCGUAUCGAAUGAUCAAUCCCAGCAGUUCCGAUCUACCACCACCGUCAAGCAGGCCAGCCUACCUACAGGCGAUCAGCCUAAUGGGACACCUAAGUACCCAGUGAGCCUGCCCACGGCACUGUCUGGUUUGCCGCAGACGCAGGUCAGUCAACCUCUAGCCAACAAACAACGACGGUUGAGCCAGGUUGAUGAGCCCGUAAAUGCGCCGCGACAAGAUUUACGUGAAGGAGAGCCCAUGGAGAUUGACGUAACUCCAGUCAUUAAAUCUACGGAGAUUGUUUCUGGUGUGCAACCAGUCCCUCUACCAGACACAAGCCGUGCUAUUGAUGGCGUAUCAUCGGUUUCUUCUAAUACGGCGGCAGCUCAAGUCGCCGCCGAUGUGACAAGUAAUAAAAGUUCAACUGGCAAGAUAGUGCCAUUUGCGGCGAGCGAGGAGACUAAUUCGAUGGGAAUGAAAGACAUGGCGUCGAUGAGACAAAGUUCGCAGAAUGGAACGCUUUCUGGACCGACCGUGGCUGGAACAUCCGAAAGCAUUCCGGCGGAUAAGGUUAGGAUGCAACCGAUAUCGCAGCCGACACACAACGUAGUGAAGACACCAAUUAAUGGCACGAAUGCUGCUGUAGAUACGCCGACGCAUCCACCAAAGACAGCCUCGUCUGCAAUAUGCGUUCCCGCGCCCGAAAAUAAUGUAGCAGCAGAUGCUCAACAGCGUGCGGGUAGCAUCCCUACCAGCCUGCAACAACUUCCACGGCCUCCACAGCCUCCACAGCCUCCGCUACAUUCAAUGCCUACUGGUGAUAACGGCCGGGGUCUUGCGAUGCCGCAUGUAAAGAGUGAUCAGCAGCAGACUGAUUCUGAUUUCCGCAAAGAAACACCCAGCUUUAAUGGCAAUGUUGCCCAGAAUUCCGUCCAGGGCGAAACUACGCAGAAAGAAAGUUUGGUGGCUCCCGUGGUGUCUAAUGGUCCUUUUAAAGUUACCCCAGAAACUCCCGCAGAAGUAAAAGAAUCUCAGGAGACACAGGUCGCCCAGGAGAUCAGCCGCUCACCAACACAACUUGGCCCAGAUCAUAGACGAACGAGUAGCCCUACAGGAGUUGCUCGGCAGAAGCCAGUGUCUGAAAUUCUCAGUGCACCGCCAAAGCUAUUGGAUGAUGCCGAGUCUGGCCGCACAACCUCUGUAAUUCCAGGUUCGCAAUCUUCAAGGAAGCGCUCAGAGGUCCAGAGGUCCAAGCUUCAGGGGAAGAGUAAUCAAUCUAUGGUCGUCUUUGGUAAGCAGUCGAAAGGUGCCAUGGAUUCAGGCAAAGCUCUAGUCCAGAGCUGUUCGGGUGCUGGUCAGAUGGCUAGCGACGACUACUUCACCCCUCUGUUUGUGCAGGCCUUCACUUCCAACUCAAAGUGGAUGAGACCUCUAGAUCAGAUUUUGCAUCAGGCUCACAAAACGUUGUCCACUCCAGACUCUUACACGCAUAUAUUCGACAACCAAGCUUGUAAGGUCCUUAAGAGAGUUUAUCACUUGCAGCAUCACAAUAAAUGGUCUCUGCGCCAACCAAAACGCUGUCCCGAGCCCACGCGCCAACCUUGCCAUUGGGAUGUUUUGCUCAAGGAGAUGAAAUGGAUGAGGACAGACUUUCGCGAAGAACGAAAGUGGAAGAUGGCAGCUGCUCGAAAUAUGGCCUAUGCCUGCGCCGAAUGGGUUUCCUCUUCGAUGGAAGAUCGUAAGGUCAUGCAGGUGAAUGCCAUUAUUCCUCCAUUCGCCCCCGCGGAUUCCAGAGAGGUCACGGCUGGCUUCAAUCAUAUACAGGAUCCAGAAAAUCAGCCUACGCCAGAUCUUAUAGCAUCGGCAGAAUCAGACUCGCCUAUGGAGCCGGACGAUGAGCCUCAGGAUGGUAUCAUUGAUACAAUAGCGCCAUCAGCCAUUUUCGCUCUAGAAAGCGAUGAUGUGGUCUUUGCACUUCACCAGUCAGCCAGUGCGGAUCGUCUCCUCGAACAGCUACCAAUGUACGGGUCACCCCUAGAAGUACCGAAGUUUGAUAUUACUGCGCCCGAAUACGACCCCGAUGCUUCAUGGAGGCGGCCUGCGUUGCCGCUGAGCAGAUUUGUAGAGGGUCGAAUGGAACUCACGCCAACGGAGCCUCCGAAAAAGCGAAGUCGAUAUAACUAUGCGCAAGAAGAUGACGAGGACGAUGAAGUAGUUUUCGACCAGUUUGGUGGUAGCCAACCUCGGCUAGAGCCACUGAACGCCCAUGUGGCGUUAUUUCGGCCAGAAAACAAGAGCUUUAGGGAUAGGCUACAUGCUGGGCACCAAUUCCGUCCACCUAACGAGCACACCAUGCCCUUCCAGUCAUUUUACGAGUCUCGUAGUCCUUCUCAGUGGAUACAAGCAGAGGAUGAUGAACUUAAAGGUCUGGUGCGCGAAUAUUCGUAUAAUUGGUCUCUAAUAUCCAGCAUUCUCACCUCCAGAUCUAUGUUCAACUCCGGGGCCGAGAGACGAACGCCGUGGGAAUGUUUUGAACGCUGGGUCAUGCUCGAGGGACUCCCCCAUGAUAUGCAGAAGACACAGUACUUCAAGUUAUGGCAAGGUAGGAUUGAGGCGUCACAGCAAGUUAUUCGGCAGCAUCAGCAGCAGCAGGCACAGCAGGCACAGCAACAGCAACAGGCUGGCUCCAACGGUCCAGUCACACCUCUCCCUAAACGUCGAUACAACGUCCCGCUAAAGGUCGAGCGACGGCGUAACCAAAAGCACCUGACGAUGAUAGAUGCAAUGAGGAAGCUUGCGAAGAAACGAGAGACCGCUUUACAAAAGCAGCAACAUAAUGCUUCACUUGCGGCGAUGAGAAAGACGAACGAGACGCCCCAACCGAGAGCGCCGACGAAAACACCAAGAGAGUAUAGUAUCAUGCGAUUCGAACGGGAUCAAGCUAUGGCCGAAAGACUGGCCGAAAGGAUGGCUCAACAGCAGCGCCAUGAGGCUCAGCGCAGGGCUGCUAUACAAAGAGCACAGCAAGGGCAAGUUGCACAACUGGCAGCUGCCCAGAAUGCGAACCAGCUCUCGCAGAAUAAUCCUCAGAUGGCGGCCUCCCAUCCUCAUGCAGGCAUAGCUCGCGUCAAUGCUCCCAACCAGAUCUCGAUCAAUGCCCAAGGACGUCCACGAAUGCCGAUGCAUACCCCCAAUGGCACAGGAACUCCUAACCACAUGGGUGGUGGACUCGUCCCUCCGAUGCAAAUGAAUGGUACCUCUCAGGUGCAAAUGCCUUCCGUAAAUGGCCAGCCAAGAAUGGCGAUGCCUACUACCCAGCCAGAUCUUCAACUGUUAAUACAAGCGCAGCAAAUAUCCGAGCAGCAGCGCCGCUCUGUUCAGAUGCGACAGCAGCAGCAGCAACAGCAGCAGCAGCAUCAGCAUCAACACCAACAACAGAACCAACAACAGUCUCACCCGAAUUCACAAGGAAGCAUGCCUUUGCAAAGCUCGCCACCUGCCAUGAGAGCCGCCGCUAUGAACGGAAUAAACCAGAAGAGCUAUCUCAGCAAUGCUCAAGCACAGGCGAUGGUGGCUUCGUUUACCUCUGCGAACGGAUCAGGGAUGUCAACUCCUCCAGGUCCAGGCCAUGCUAUGACAUCCCAAGCAGGAUCGCCUCGACCAAAUACAACAAUUCCACAACAGACACACCAGACGCAUCAGACAUACGUCUCACAACUUCAGAGUAUCGAAACUCAUAUUAGACAAGCACAUCCUAAUAUGACGCAGGACGUUGUUCGUGACAUGGCAAGGCAGCUGUUGAACACCCGUCACAACAACCAUAAUUUUGCGCAAUCGGCGAUGAACGCUGCGGCUGGAGGGUCGGGACAUGCUGCCGCCGCUAACGGACCACAUCAGUACGCCCAGCUCUUACGAGCCCAGCAACAACAACAGGCCGCGGCCGCGGCUGCAGCGCAAGCACAGCAGGCACAGGCCCAGCAGGGUGCUCAACAGCACCAGCGCAAUUCGAGCGGAAGUGCAACGCCCACGCCAUCACUACCGAAAUAGGGCCCUACAGCCACGGGCUCCGCCCUAGGAUAUGCGAAUCUAACCAGCUGCCUCGUCAACUGUUCCCGCCUGCCAAAUACAA